AUGCAACCCCGGAUUUGCUCCCGAGGCAACCUGGAAGUUGAUACAGCUGAGAAAGAAAAUGUUGGACGCAACUCGGCGACUCUAGACCAAAAUAGGGGAUGGUGGACCCAAGCUGAAAAAGAAGUUGUUUGUCAUGAAGAGUGGUUUGGAGCCUGCAAGCUUAUCCAACAUGGUAAGAUUUCAACAAAACCAAACACAAAAGAGUGCAUUCAGCUAUUGGUUUAUCAGGUUCUUGUUUUCUGCACAACCGCUAUGGUCACAAGACUUGUUACUGAUCUCCUUGGGGAGUUGAACUUGAAUGUGAGAGAAAUCCAUUCAAGAAAGCCUCAGAGUUAUAGACCCAGAGUUUCUGAUGAAUUCCGGAAGUCAAAGGGUCUCAUAUUGGUUACUUCGGAUGUAUCUGCACGUGGAGUUGAUUAUCCAGAUGUUACUCUUGUUGUACAGGUUGGUCUACCGGCUGAUAGAGAACAAUAUAUACAUCGACUAGGUAGAACGGGGCGAAGAGGAAAAGAAGGGCAGGGCAUACUGCUACUAGCUCCUUGGGAAGAGUUCUUUUUAGCUACUGCAAAAGAUUUACCUAUUGGGAAAGCUCUGGUCCCUUCAGUUGAUCCUGACACUAAGAAAAAGGUGGAAAGGGCUCUAUCCAAUGUGGAGAUGAAAAAUAAAGAAACAGCAUAUCAGGCAUGGCUUGGUUACUACAACUCUAACAAGAAAGUGGGGAAAGAUAAGUAUAGGUUAGUGGAGCUUGCAAAUGAGUUCAGUCGAUGCAUGAGGCUUGAUAGCCCUCCAGCUAUUCCUAAUCUUGUCCUUGGCAAGAUGGGUCUUAAAAAUAUCCCUGGUUUACGUUCCAAAUAGGUUUCCAUUCAAUUUCUGAUAACAGUCUUGUGAAAGAGAGAAAUGUUCUUGAAUUGAAAUGCCCCCACUUAUAGUUUGAUUUUAAGACUUGAAACUUCUAAAUUUCAACUAUCAUAGUAAUUUUUUCUGUAUAUUUUGUACUUCUAGAUGAAUUAUCAUUUAACAA